AUGCCAGUUCCCGCCCACCUCACAGAGGAAGAGCUGAUUAUUAUUUUCAGAUCUGCUCGGUCGGAGCCAGGAAAGGAAGAAGCCGUCCCCGGGGAAGGCGCCACCGACGGCGACGGUGGGGAUGACAGCAGGAGCGGAAGCGAAGAAACGAGCGUGUGUGAGAAGUGCUGUGCGGAGUUCUUCAAGUGGACGGACUUCCUGCAGCACAAGCAGAGCUGCACCAAAAACCCGCUGGUGCUGAUUGUGAACGAGGAUGAGACGGCCCCGCCCUCGGAAGAGUUUCCGGAACCUUCCCCAGCCAGCUCUCCCAGCGACCACACGGAGAGCGAGGCUGCCGAGGAGGCGGCCCCCCCAGAGAAUGGGGAGGGCGGUGAGGUGAGGGCCCCCGAGAAGGAGGAGGAGCCCAUGGAAGUGGAGCCCGCUGCAGACAAGAGCUUCCAGAACCCAGGCCCCUCGCACGCGGGCAAGCCGCCUCUACCUCAGGGCCCCGAGCCGGCGCCAGCGGCCACCUACAGCAUGCCAAGCACGAAUGUGACACUGGAGACCCUGCUGAGCACCAAGGUGGCCGUGGCGCAGUUCUCGCAGAAUGCGCGGGCUGCAGGCACGGUGGCAUCCAGCGGCGGGGUGGCGGCGGUGGCGGUCCCCAUGAUCCUGGAGCAGCUCAUGGCCCUGCAGCAGCAGCAGAUCCACCAGCUGCAGCUCAUCGAGCAGAUCCGCAGCCAGGUGGCCAUGAUGAGCCGGCAGCCGCUGAGGCCGCCGCUGAACCCUGGGGCGGCUGCGGGGGCCCAGAGCGCCCCGGUGCCGGCCUCCAGCCAGCUGCAAGGGCUGGCCACGCAUUCGGCCCUGCAGCUACCCGCCGGGGCCCCGCCUGUCCCCACGGUGCCAGGCCCCGCCGCCCAGCCGCCGGCCUUUGAGGGCCCCCAGCAGCUGUCGCAGCCGGCGUCCGCAGCCAGCACCCCACUCGUCCCCAGCGGGGGCCCCUCAGUCCCCGAGUCCAGCGGGCCAGCGUCCUCCAGCACCAGCCCGGCCUCAGUGGCCGGUGCCUCCGGUGGCUCUGCACAGCCGCAGAAUGCCUCCACGCCCCCCGGCCUGGGGCCCGGCCGGCUGCCCAGCGCGGCCCCCAGCCUGCCAAACCCACUUCUACCUCAGACCUCCGCCAGCAGCGUAAUCUUCCCCAACCCGCUCGUCAGCAUCGCGGCCACCGCCAACGCGCUGGACCCCCUGUCGGCCCUCAUGAAGCACCGCAAGGGCAAGCCCCCAAACGUGUCGGUGUUCGAGCCCAAGGCCAGCGCCGAGGACCCCUUCUUCAAGCACAAGUGUAGGUUCUGUGCCAAGGUGUUCGGGAGCGACAGCGCCCUGCAGAUCCACCUGCGUUCGCACACGGGCGAGAGGCCCUUCAAGUGCAACGUCUGCGGGAACCGCUUCUCCACCAAGGGCAACCUCAAGGUGCAUUUCCAGAGGCACAAGGACAAGUAUCCCCACAUCCAGAUGAACCCCUACCCCGUCCCCGAGUACCUGGACAACGUGCCCACCUGCUCCGGGAUCCCCUACGGGAUGUCUCUGCCCCCAGAGAAGCCAGUGACCACGUGGCUGGACAGCAAGCCCGUGCUGCCCACGGUGCCCACGUCAGUGGGGCUGCAGCUGCCGCCCACCAUCCCCGGCGUCGGCAGCUACGCCGACUCUCCCAGCCUCACGCCCGCGAGCCGCUCCCCACAGCGGCCGUCGCCCGCCUCCAGUGAGUGCCCCUCUCUGUCCCCCGGCCUCAACAGCUCCGAGGUGGGUGCCCCAGUGACCGCUGAGUCCCCACAGCCCAUGCUCAGCGGGUCUUCCUUGACCAAGACCGAGCCCGUGAGCCUGCCUUGCACAAAUGCUAGGGUGGGAGACAUUCCCGCCGGUGGACAGGCCUCUGCCACGUCCACAUCGGCUGCCACCGCCCUCACAGACGGCGGCGCCUCCACGGGCCUCUGCAGCCCUGUCCUCACGGCCGGCUCUGACCAGUUCAAGGCCAAGUUUCCCUUCGGGGGGCUGCUGGACUCCAUGCAGACGUCAGAGACAUCCAAGCUGCAGCAGCUGGUGGAGAACAUCGACAAGAAGAUGACGGACCCCAACCAGUGCGUCAUCUGCCACCGGGUGCUCAGCUGCCAGAGUGCACUCAAGAUGCACUACCGCACGCACACCGGGGAGCGGCCCUUCAAGUGCAAGAUGUGCGGGCGCGCCUUCACCACCAAGGGCAACCUGAAGACGCACUUUGGGGUGCACCGCGCCAAGCCGCCCCUGCGCGUGCAGCACUCGUGCCCCAUCUGCCAGAAGAAGUUCACCAACGCGGUGGUGCUGCAGCAGCAUAUCCGCAUGCACAUGGGCGGCCACAUCCCCAACACGCCGCUGCCCGAGGGCCUCCGUGACGCUGCGGACGCCGAGCAGGCCGCCGAUGCCCUCAGCAGCUUCGAGGACGACGCCGAUGACAACUCCAUGGAGGACGACACGGAGCUGAGGGACUCGGCCGGCGACCCGUGCAAGCCGCUGCCGCCCUACCCCGGCUCCGGGCCACCCUCGCCGCCCUCCGUCAUCUCCAGUAUCGCCGCCUUGGAGAACCAGAUGAAGAUGAUGGACUCGGCCAUGAGCUGCCCGCAGCUGACGCCCCUGAAGGCCGUGGAGAACGGGUCCGGGGACAGCGACCGGCUGAGCAACGACUCCUCGUCCGCCGCGGGCGACCUGGAGAGCCGGAGCGCGGGCAGCCCGGCCCUGUCUGAGUCGUCGGCCUCCAUGCAGGCCCUGUCCCCUGUGAACAGCCACAGCGAGAGUCUGCCCUCCAAGUCCCCGGGCCUCGGCCACCAGGAGGAGCCGCAGGACCUGCCGCUAAAGACGGAGAGGCCAGACAGCCCGCCCCCCGCCCCCGAGAACGGAGGCGCGCUGGACCUGACGGCCGCCCACCCGGGCCGGCCGGCCAUCAAGGAGGAGGCCCCCUUCGGCCUGCUGUUCCUGAGCAGAGAACGGGGUCCCAGCCAAAGCGCUCCUAGCCUGGUCACCGGCUCCACGCCCGCCACCAUCAAAAUGGAAGUGAACGGGCACAGCAAGGCCGUCACUCUGGGCGAGGGCCCGCCCCUGCCGGCCGCCGUCCAGGUGCCCGCCGGCCCACACACAGUGCUGAGCCCCGGCCUCGCGCCCAUGCUGGCCCCCCCGCCACGCCGGACGCCCAAGCAGCACAACUGCCAGUCGUGCGGGAAGACCUUCUCCUCGGCCAGCGCCCUGCAGAUCCAUGAGCGCACCCACACGGGGGAGAAGCCCUUCGGCUGCACCAUCUGCGGGAGAGCGUUCACCACCAAGGGCAACCUCAAGGUGCACAUGGGCACGCACAUGUGGAACAACGCUCCUGCCAGGCGCGGCCGCCGCCUGUCUGUGGAAAACCCCAUGGCUCUACUCGGCGGCGACACCCUCAAGUUCUCAGAGAUGUUCCAGAAAGACCUGGCAGCUCGAGCAAUGAACGUCGACCCCAGUUUUUGGAACCAGUACGCCGCCGCGAUCAGCAACGGCCUGGCUAUGAAGAACAAUGAGAUUUCUGUCAUCCAGAACGGAGGUGUCCCCCAGCUCCCCGUAAGUCUCGGCGGGAGCGCCAUGCCCCCCCUGGGUUCCCUGACCGCCGGGAUGGACAAGGCGCGCUCGGGCAGCAGCCCGCCCAUGGUGGGCCUGGACAAAGCCAGCUCCGAAACGGGGGCCAGCCGGCCGUUCACCAGGUUUAUUGAGGACAACAAGGAGAUUGGGAUUAACUAGCCGAGCGCACUGCGGCCGUCCACCCGCUCUGUCCCUCGUACACACUGUGACGUGUGACCAUCAGGCUGCACACCUGCCAUGCCCGGGGCCUCCUUAAAAUGGUCCCCAUGGCAGAAAAUAUGUUAACUGUGUGGCUGCCGCAGGGUCAUCUCGUAAGCACUGCGUGGUCCUUGUCCACGGGGAGCUUGACUGUUCUUCAGAAUUCUGCAGCCUGUGAAAUAAAUGUCAGUCAAACACAAGUCCUGGAAAACCGCCUUGGGAACGAAAGGGCUCCGAGCACAUCCACUUGGUUUCUCCUGAAACCUGAUAAUCCCGAGAGGGAGCGAAGGUCCCCUGCGGUAUUCCGGUGACACUCAUCCGAUGGUUUUGUUCGCAGUAGUUAGAAACUUGAACUCUGUUCUCAGAACUCUUAUCUUGAAGACGUGGUCUGGUCCUCCCAAUGCUGCGUCCUGUGGCAGCACCUUUGUCUGUAGUAUUUAUAAUGUUCAGAUUAUGCGGGUAACAGACAAUGCAGCCCCGACUCUAGAGGUAGCUUUUGUACUGCAGAAUACAUCUGGCUGUGUGGUUUUUGUUUUUUUUUUAAAGCAAGAUUUGUUUUGCUAUAAAUAAGUGGGUUAUUUCAAUGCAGGCAAAAUUGUGAAGUUCUGUUGGGAAAGACAGCAUGCUUUUUGUGUGCAAGUACCUGUCAGUAACAAGCCUUUUUUUUUUUUCCUUUUUUUUUUCUUUUUUUUAAUUUAAAUGUUUGUAGCUGCUAUGUGCACAGUUGUUCUCUAGUGUGGUCUGUAGCCCAGCGACUGGGAACAAGUUACAGACAAACGUCACCGUAAAUAAUUCACAACAUUAUAGACAGUUGUGAGUAAAUAUUUCACGUAUCAAAGCUGUACAAUAAAAAGGUAAUGUUUGUAUAAUGUGGUUGCAAACUCUUAAUUUAUACUAUUGCACUUUUAGUAUUUUGUAUUACGGAGGUUUGUCUAUAAUUUGCAAAUUUAAAGAUAUGUAAAGUAUUUUAUAAAUAGUGCUUUGAUUUAAGGAAAAUGAAGAAAGCUGUUACAGUUUCCUGUUUUGUCUUCAGGUCAGGCAGUAUGCAGUCUGUGCUGCUUACACAGAAAAGCCACCAGGACUUGUCAGCUCCUCAGUAAACUAGGGCCUGCCUGCCACUUGUUAAGAUGAUUUAUUUAACUUUCCUAAGAAGCGCGUUUAAAACCUGCCCACCCUAAGGAGACUCGGAUGCA